AGCUUUGUCAGAUGAGGGGUUUUCGUUGUGUCAAGUAGUGGAAGUCACUUCUGAUGUUUUCCAGGUAUAUGAAGAAGAGAGGGAGACGACGCCGGCCCAAAGGGUUUGUGUGAGAGAGAAAGCUUUUGUUUCUGAUGGGUUUACAGAAGGGAUGGCAGAAAGAGGAACGGCUGGAAUUGGGGGCUCGAGAGCGGUUCUUCAAUGGAGGUCAAGGACUCUCCUUGGUCUUUAUCUUAAUCUGUUGCCUCCCAGACCCUAAUAUUCCUCAGUUGUCUGUUUCUCCUGUGACAGGGACCACAGUGAUACCAGACGAGGACCAUCAGAUGCACCUGCUGCCAACAAGGACGAGGAAAGAAAGAAAAAAAAAAGGGCCCAAAACCGACACGGACAAGCCAGCACCACUUUCCUUUUUGAUUAUUUUGUUUCUAUAAAUUCCUCGCCUCUGGGAUGAGUCGGAUGAGGUGUUCGAGAUUCACUUGUGCCCAGUCCCAAUUGUGUCCUUAUCUCGUGAUUGUUGCCCGAGGGGGCCAAUCCCCGAAACGGAUGAUGGUAUCGUUCGUUUCCUGUUUGGGGUGGAGU